GUACAAUAGAAAAAAUGCCGCUUUACAUACUCGAUCCGUAUUUUUUGGUAUUUUCAGCCCUUUUUAUUAUUCUAGUGUAUUUUUACAGAAUCCACACUUACAUAAGUGAUUUCCCUACAACACCUUACCUACCAAUAAUAGGCCAUAUCUUCGACUAUUUAGACCCUUACGAAACCCUUCCAAAACUUACAAACAACCUUUCAAACAACAGAGGCAUUAUUAGACAAUACUUUGGGCCAAAAAGGCCCCUUUUGAUGGUGGGCAACAAAGAGUUUGUACAAUUCUUAUGCACCAAUAGCAAAUUUACAAAUAAAGGCCAGGCUUAUAGGCAUUUGAAGCCUUGGUUAGGCGAUGGCCUUGCUACAAGUGAAGGUUUUAAAUGGUUGUCAAAACGUCGCGCCCUUUCGGCAAGCCUAAUGCAAACAACCCUUUUAAAGGUUUUCGUUGAAGAUUUUGAUAGGAAAAGCAAAAUUUUGGUUGACAUUUUGACUAAACACGAAAACCAGCCAAUAGAUGUGUAUCCGUUUUUGAAAAAGUUUGCUUUAGAUGUUUUGUGUGAAAACCUCAUGGGCAUUUCCUUGAAUGUCCAACAAGAUUCUACAAACCUAAGCUAUUGUGAAGCAAUUGAAACUUUAACUGAAACAAUCCAAAAAAAACUUGUUUCAUUUUUCAAUCAAUUUGAUUGUUUAUAUCAAUUUACUGCAUUGUGCAAACAAGAAAAACUUGCAUUGGCAAUUGCUAAUAAAACCAUAGAAAGAAUUAUCCAGAAUAAGAAAGGGGUUGAAGAAUCAUCGAAAACCACUUGUAUGUUGGAUGUUUUGCUGGAUAUGAAAUUAGAUAUUGAUGAUAUAAAGGACGAAAUAAAUACGUUUACUUUUGCGGGACACGAUUCUACCAGUACUGCUUUAGCCUUUGCUUUGUACGAAAUUGCUCAGAAUCCGCAGGUUCAAGAAAAACUACUUAAAGAACAACAUGAAAUUUUCAACGGCUCAAAACUUACCGAAGCAACUUACGAAAACUUACUGGAAAUGUCUUACAUGGAAAUGGUUAUAAAGGAAACUUUAAGGCUACACACAAUCGUCCCAUGCAUUUCCAAAAAAAUCACCAAGAAUCUUAAUUUUGAAAACAAAAAAAUCCCAGCUGGCCUUCACGUUAACGUAGUCCUAAACGCAAUCCACCUUAAUCCAGAUUAUUUUCCAGAACCCGGAAAAUUUAUACCUGAAAGAUUCGCUUCAAAACCUGACAAAUUCACUUAUAUGCCUUUUGGUGUCAAGCCUAGAAAUUGCGUAGGCAAAAACUUUGCAAUUCUGGAAAUGAAAUGCCUCCUGUCUAACUUGAUUAGGAAUUUCGAAAUCCUAAAAGUACCGGAACAUAGUUUGAAACUUACUGCAAGAUUGGUAUUGUAUUCAGCUAGUGGGAUGGUGAUUAGGCUAAAAAAACGAGCCUAAAUAAUUGUAAAGGGGGCUUUAUUUAUUUUAUCUACUUAAUAAAUAUCUACUUGUUUUGUUUUGUGCGCUACAAAGUUGUUUUGUUUUUUAAUUUAUUGCACAAACUUGCAACACUGCCUGGAAAACUUUGGAGUUGCAAGAUUGUGUCCCAAACUUCUAACAAUAUUCAGUUAUUACUUAAAGACUAAAUUGGAAAAAAAUGCUAGAAAAAUCAAGUGAUAUGGCGAGGUUGUCAAGUGCUUAUUACACAAAAGCCCUAUACUAUACGGUAACUCCGGUACGUAUUUUGGUGCUGCCUGAUUUUUUGGCAACGUUGCCGCUGCUCGAGGAACUUCGUUUCGCGCUGGUCAAAUAGUCCAG